AUGCGACGACUCGCGAAGCUCAAGCAGCAGCUGAAUCGCCAGAACAAUUCCAUUGCCGAGCUGAAGCGGAAAAUUCGUGAAAAGGAAGGGAUGAAACCGAAAGCGGAUUGUGAUCGGGAAGAGCUGAUAUUUCUCAAGAACCGGCUGCUAAAAGAGGUCGAAAUGCAGCACAAGCUACUGAACCUCGUGGUACAAGAGCAACGGAAGGAGGGCACCAGUGCUAAGGAUUGGCAAACCAUUCGCCUCUGUCCGGAUAAGCUGGAUGAGCAGAGCUGCAAUCCGUGGACGUUGGGCGGUGAGUCGGUGGAGCAGAGAGGGUUCUCUUUCGAUUCGAACCUUUCGCCCAUGAGCAGCCUCGAGCUGGGAGGUGCUGGCACUGAUGCGGACGUUUGUGGUAAGCUGACGGAACGCAUGGAAAAGGAGCUCAUGAACCGGGAUCGAGUCAUCCAGAUAUUGCAAAGUAGGCUGGAGCAACUGGUCGUCGAUGUGCGAAGGGUUAAGCAGCAGGGCAGUAGUGCACCGGGUUGCAAUCCGGUCCAAUCUAGUCCCCGGUUUUGUGAGGCCGAUAUGGUGCGCCGGCUGGAAUUCUACCGAAACAACACGGAAACGUUGGGUAAGAACCUACAGCAGAUGGAUCAAGCGCUGAAAAUCAUCCAAAAGGAACUGGGAACGGUAGAAGAUGACCAGGAGGAACCUAGAACGACGGCUAGAAGCACAUCGUUCGCCAACACGACCGACGAAGAGCGGUGCUCUAAUGCGGCUGAGCUAGAAGUGCAGAAGCAGUACAAUCUGCUGUUGCAGGAGUACACCCGGAAAGCUGCCGAAUGCCAAAGGCUUUCGGAUCGAUUGGCGAUCGCAGCUACGGUCAAAGAAGCCUCCCCGGAUCAAUCGGCCGAAUGUGCCGAGCGGGAUCUGCUAAAGAAGCGCUGCUCGGAGUUGCUCGAUGAACAGGAUGAGUUCCGUGUGCUGAUUCGUGAACAGAGCGUCCAGCUGGAGGACUAUCGGGCAAAGUUCCGGACCGCCCAGCAAAAGGUGGAAGAGCAAAAGCUACAGAUGGAUAAACAGCAGACCACCAAUCGGCGAAUCGAGCAGCAGAUCAACUUUGAGAUUGAGCAAAUUAAGAAAAAGUUCCAGAAUCAACUGCGUGAGCUCACACCCUACCCGCGGUUACUGGAGGAUGCUGAAGCGAAGGCAGAAAAGCUGAAACAAUCGAACCAGAAGCUGUACAGUGAGCUGGAGCGAACGUUGCAACAGGUGAAGCUACUAGAAGAGCGACUCCAUGCAGCCGAGAGCAGCAAGGGAGCGGAAGUGCAGAAGGCGGUCGAACUGCUGCAGCUAGAGCUGGAGCAUCUGCAGCAACGGCAGGAAGCGAUGCAAAAGGAGAAACAGACGGCUGAGGAUGAAGCUGCCCGGAAACAGCUGGAGCUGGAUGAGCUGCGCACCGAGAGCGCCAAGAUUAUUGCCCGCACGAACCAACGAAUGGAGCAGGAGCGUCAGACGGCACAGGAACGGUACGAUCAGUUGGAAGCUGACCUAGCGCAAUGCCGAGCCGAAGCUUCGUUUAACAUCUCGAACCGUGAGGAGGCCCUACGGGAGAUGCAUCACCAAAUCAAGGUGCUCUCGAGCAGCUUCGACGAUGCCCAGCUGCAAAUUCAGUCGCUCCGGAACCAGUUGGCAUACCUGCAGAACGAAAAGCUGGUUUGCCUUGAGUAA